AUGAGUUUCACUGGGAAAGUAGUUCUGAUUACCGGAGCGAGCAGUGGAAUUGGUGCAGAUGCUGCUUGUCACUUUGCCAAAUUAGGAGCUAAAGUAGCAGUGGUUGGUCGAAAUCAAAAACGUUUACAAGAAGUGGCCGAUCGAAUUGAGGCAUCUGGUUCGAUAAAGCCAUUGCAAAUUGUGGCUGAUGUUACGAAAGAUGCAAAACACAUUAUCGACGAAACAAUCGAACAAUUCCAUAGAUUGGAUGUGUUAGUGAACAACGCUGGAGUAUUUAUAUCCGAUACAUUGCCCGAAUUUAAUGCGGACGAAUACGAUCGAGUUAUGAACACAAAUUUGAGGAGUUUGAUCGUUUUAUCUCAUUUAGCCGUUCCAUUUUUGGAAAAAACUAAUGGAAAUAUCGUGAAUGUGUCGAGUGAGGCGGCUAUUAAUGCAUACGAUGUCUUCCUGUCGUAUAGCAUAUCAAAAGCGGGAGUCAAUCAUUUCACAAAAUGUGCUGCGAUUGAUUAG